CGCAUUUGGGAUCGACUUUUCUGGUCUGACUGAGCAUUGACAGUUGACGUUGCCUGACAAUGGCCGAGGAUCUGCCUUCUCAGCCCGUUCAGGCUGAUACAACCAAAGCUAGCAGUGCACCAGCAGAGGGAUAUGAUAAGAAGUGUAUUUUCUGCAGGAUUGUAAACAAUGAAUUGGGCACAGAGCUGCUGCACAGCGAUGAAGACAUUUCCUGUUUCAGGGAUAUUAAACCUGGAGCUCCACAUCAUUACCUGGUUGUUCCAACUAAACAUGUUGGAAACUGUAAAUCCCUCAACAAAGAACAUGUGCCUUUGGUGAAACAAAUGGUUGAUGUUGGGAAGGAUGUGUUACAAAAAAACAACGUAACAGAUCUCGCUGAUGUCAGGUUUGGUUUUCAUUGGCCGCCAUUCUGUUCCGUCUCACACUUACACCUUCAUGUUCUGGCCCCUGUCAGUCAAAUGGGCUUCAUGUCCCGCCUUGUCUACAGACUCAACUCCUACUGGUUUGUCACAGACACAAACAGAAGAACAAAUAAUCCUGAAUAUCUGACAUCAGUUUGCAUUGUCUAAUAUUUUGCAGGCAGAUCAGCUGAUAGAGCUUCUCAGCUCUAAAGGAGAGACAAACUGAACUCUGGAUCCAUUUUUCACUUCGCUGGAUUUUGAUAAAGUGACCUAAAUCAUCCUUGCUGCAGCUUACAUGUUUGCUGAUACAGGAGUACAUUCUUUCUGGAUUAACCACAGUUAAGGACAGUAUUUUAUCUUUAAAUUGUCUGCUGCCACUAAGACAUUAUGAAGACAUUUAGAACAACAAAGCUUGAAUGAAGCCAAGUCUUCUUCAGUUUCUUUGGAAUGUGCCAGAAGGAUGUCCCAGGAACAAUUUAUUAGUAUUAAAGCACUCUUAACCUGUCACCUUUGAAUAAAAACAGAGUUUAUGGACCAAGAAGAUAGAUUCUUCUCAUUCCGAAUUUGAUCUAAACUGGAAGAUAGUUUGACUGAUAAACUGUAACUGCAAAACAAAGCUUGUCUUCACCAACAGAAUCUGACAUCUAAACCUUGACAGAGCUCAAAACUUUUUUGAUUUUCUGUCACAUCAGAGGACAUUCGUUGUAAAGAUAAAGAAAGGGAAAAAAAAAGCAUUUGCUAGAAUAUUGAGGUUAAACAUAACUCUAAAACAUGUUUUCCAUGUAUCCUCUGAAUAUAUCAGCUGUUCAGCCUGUAAUCCUCAGAAUAUUACUUUGACAGCUGAGGUGGAGUACAACAUCUCUAUAACAAGCACUGAAAGGCAGUGCAAACGAUAUUUAAAUGAUUGACAUGUCAAAAUAUCAAUGAUUUGUUAUAUAGACUAUAUGCAAAAAUGGACAUUGGUGUUCAAUAUCAGCUUUCUGAAGUAUACCUCAGGCAAAACCACAUUUACAGAAUUAACAUAAUUCAGAAUUAAAAGCAGAAAAAACAGCAAACCCAAUUAGUUGAGAAAACCUAAUAAUCAAAGAGAACAGAAUAACAAUAAAAGGUAUGAUUUUAUGAUGGAGAUUUAACUGUUGGAUUCUGUCCUCGCCAGUUGAAAAACAUCUGUUUUGAGGCAUUUAAAUUUUGAGGGUGUGUCCAUCUUUUAUUGAAUUUAAGGGCUUUGUCAUAGUUUUACCGCUGUGUAUAAAUGAAUGUAAAAGUGACAACACUACAGCAUGGGUUGUAUAAUUAAUAUGCACUUUAAUUGUUAAUUUAGAAUUAAAAAUGUUGCUCCUCA